UCGCCUUAUUUGGGGUUCAAAGGUGACUUUGGUCUCAGCCCAGCCCCAGCAGCACACGAGUCAAUACCUCCAAGGUUGCAUACAAUAUUGUGCUUAUUCAAGUCCUACUUUUUUACAUAAUCCUCUACUUUUUUUUCUGCGUUGUCUUUUUUUCUAAACCAAAGCUGAAUGUAUCAAUCCUUUGUCCUACUGUCUACGUACUAGAGAUUUUCAAGCCAUGCUCUUACGUUAGACCAUCCCACUUAGAAACUAGACGGCUACCUCGCGGCAGCUACGGAUACUACGGACUUAUCGCCGCCUUCUAAUUAAGACACUAACGGGACGAAUUUUCGUACAUCCCUCCCUCCAAGACGGCAUCCUCUUUGUUGUUGCUCCGAGGUUAUACACAGUCAAUAUCUCACCAUGAAUUCGAUCGGAGCUUGGCUUCGGGGUUCCGGCUCCAAGUCGAACUCCGCUUCAACCUCCCAGGCAGAUCUUCAGGCACAGGAAAUAGCUGCCUUGGAGGAUGCCUUGAUUGGUACGGCUAUGAUUAUGAAUGACGAUAUCGAAGGCGCGGAGGAGAGGCUACGAAAAGGUGAUUCCUCUUUUCAUCACCUGGGAAUGUGCGUCUGUGUUUUCAUGAGAAGUAUCCUCGGAUUUGAGAAGUCAAUUAUGGCUGAAGCAGUCACGCGUCUCACGGACUGCGAGAACAAUGCGUGGAAUGAGAUGAAGAAGGCCCAAAAGGAGGGUAGAAGCGCAAGUGAGGCAGAAGACCGGGUAUAUCCCCCGGGGAGCGAGUAUUCUCUAGUUAUGGCGGAUUCCCAGCUUAUGUUUGCUGUCGUGUCCGUCCUUCAUGAGAGCUUGACAGAGGCCAUCAAAGGUGCUUACAAGUUGCGGAAGGCGUUCAUCACUCUAGAUGAAAUAAUGCAAUCGGAGGCGGCAUAUUUGAAGAGAAAGGGUCUGCGCUCGGACUUCUCCAAGGAAAAUAUCUCGUCGUCUUCGAGUUCAACUUCCGGUCAGCGUGGGAAUGGCAGUGACGACACAGACACCGACCUUGAUUUUGUGGACGCGGACGAGGCACACUCCGGAGCGCAAACACCCUUAAAUUAUGAAGGGCAUCUAAUCAAGGAUUCCAACAGCCCCGAGAAAAGAAUGAGCCAACUAUCUUUGAAAUCCGACUCGACAUUGCCACAACCAGCAGACAAACCAAGUGCGCUAGCGAACUCGUCGUCGCAAAUUGGCCUAGAAAGCAGUCCCGAUUCGGACGUUUUCAAGAAUCCUGUCGAUGCCUUUGUUCAUAGCGGUGUGAGCAUGUGCUUCGGUGCUCUCUUACUCAUCUUAUCGACAAUUCCACCGACCUUCUCCCGUCUAUUAUCCAUUAUCGGCUUUCGGGGCGAUCGUGAGCGCGGAGUCCGCAUGCUUUGGCAGAGCUCUCGAUUUGAUAACAUCAAUGGAGCCGUGGCUGGGUUCAUGUUACUUAAUUAUUAUAAUGGACUCCUAGGCAUCGCUGAUAUUCUCCCCUCCGAAGAGGACGCCAAGAGGGGUGCAGUUCUGGCGUACCCAAGAGCUAAAUUCAAGGAGCUUCUCUCUAGGAUGCGCGCCCGAUAUCCGGAUAGCAAGCUCUGGGUUUUCGAGGAGGCACAAGUCCUAGGCUACAACAAAGACUUGCGUGGUGCAAUCGAAAUCUUGAAAAAUAACAAAGAUUCAAAGAUGCGGCAGGUUGCAGCGUUGAACAACUUCGAGAUGGCGUUAGAUUCCAUGUACAUCCAUGAUUACCCCGCUAUGCGUGACAACUUCAUUCGGUGUGUUGAGCUCAACGACUGGAGUCAUUCCUUGUACUACUACAUCGCUGGAUGUGCUGAGUUGGAGCUCUAUCGGGAUGCGUUUCACAGUGACGAGAAGAAUGAGUCAGAGAUUCAACUCCACAAGAAGAAAGCAAACGAGCUCUUCCGAAAAGCACCUACAGUAGCCGGCAAGAAGCGCUUCCUAGCUCGACCCCUGCCAUUUGAGCAAUUCGUAACCAGAAAGCUGCAAAAGUGGGAAGAUCGAGCCAAGGAAUUAGACACCGAUCUCGUAGACAUCAUUGGUGUCAGUCCAGCUGCAGAGAUGACGUACCUAUGGAAUGGGACCAAGAAGAUGCUAGCUCCCGAGCUGCAAAAAUCUGAGAAGAUCUUGUCCUGGGGCCGGCUAACAGCGUCCGAGGAAGUACAGAAAAAGAUCAAGACAGAGAUAGAUGAGCAGGCUACUCGUGAUGUGUGUCGAGCUGCAGUAUCCCGUUCGUUGGGGAGACUCGGUGAGGCACGCGAGCUGCUCGAUAACGUUCUGGCCAUGGAUAAAAUGGCGUUCAAGCGUGCUAACAGAGACGAUUACGCGUUACCUGCAGCUCAUUAUGAAAUGGCGGUACUUGCAUGGUGGGAGGUGCAGAAGCCUGAACUCCGAGAGACAACCGAGAAAGGAGAUGAUGACGACUGGCUGCGGGAGAAGACAGAAGAGUGCCAGUCCUGGUUGGAUAAAGUGGCCAAGUGGGAAGCAUUCGUCCUUGAUGCCAGGAUCAGCAUGCGGGUUCUUGCCGGUAUGGACACGUUGAGGUGGUACAAGAGAGAGCACGGAUGGACUGUUGCCUGAUUUCCUUGUGGCGUUCUGUUGGGGAUUUACGGGAGCGCGCAUAUCACGACAUUGCUGCCUAUGAUGCGGCAUGUCAGCUGGUUUUAUGGGUAUAGAGGUGUGAAACAUAGAUGCAGAUCGGUCCCAAGGAGAUGGACCUUGCAGGUGUUGGUCAGGGAUAGAAUCGGAGGGUCAGGUCAUCGAGACCCUUUUUUUAAGACAUCCAUACGGACACUGUUAGGAUACUGACAUUUGAGCGCAUUUCCCCUAUGCAAGAGUCCGAUCAUGAUGUGGUCUUGCAUGCAACACCGGUGCACGAAUUAUUCGGUUCGACACUCGUGACUUCGAGUAAUCGAAGGAGAAACAGAAGCGCCCGAAG